AUGUCGACGUCGCCGACCUCGUUGCCCUCGCGGCCAUCGUCCACCCGGGCAUCCUCCAGGUCAUCGCUCAAGCUCGACCUUUCCAACCUCCCGCCGUUGACACAACCCACCCCGCCAACCAACACUCUCCUCAUCACCAAUCUCUCAGACCUCGAGAUUUUCCGCCCAGACAACCUACAGACGAUACGCGAUCUGAUAUCCGUCACCGCACCCGUCUACACAUGGGCCCCGCUCAAGUCGUUCCGGCGCAUCGUGGUAUCCUUCGCGGACGAGCAGGCAGCUAUCAAAGUGCGCUCAGUAUGGGAUGGCGAAGCCAUCAUGGGCGAGCGUUGCCGCGUCUACUUCGGGCAGCAAACUCCCCUCAACCUCAAUGAAGACCAACACCUCGCGCUGCCCGAUGCCGGCAAGCUCUUCUUCAUCAGCCCGCCGCCCUCGCCUCCACACGGCUGGGAGAUGAAGCUCGAGGAUGCGCCGAACAAACAGGUGCACGCUGAGGACCUGGCAGAUGCAUUGGCCAAGCUGCACCAUCGCCCGGCCGCGGGCUUAGACUCUCCUAUCUCUCCCGUUGAUGGCGGGUCAGUGAGGACAAGGAGCCGUAGCAGCACUCUGAUCUUCAAGCCAGACCAGCACAGCGCCAGCCCGGACCUGCCCAGUAUUGCGGUCGAUGACAUGACGGAUUCGCCUAUGGACAUCAACCCCAGCCCGAUUGGCCAGGAGAAGCCCAUCAUGGCGCAUACCUCGCGGCCACCGGUGGAGCUGAUGGAAUGA